UGCUCGGACCCGGUCGCACCAGGGUCGCGGCUGCGGCGGCUGGAAGAUGAACGGCGCAGCAGAUUCUCCCAAGCCUCCUGUUGCUCCCAAGCCAAAGACAGCAGUUCCCAAGUUCCCUGCCUCUCCCAGGCCAGAGGGUCUGCACAGCCCCGGCCCCAUGUCCCGGGGCCCCAAGCCACCCCUGGCACCCAAGCCCAGGCUGGCGGGCCCCAUGGAGUGCAGGCCUGGGGCACACAUGAACCACCGGCUCUCCAAGUGCAGCAAUGGCCAGCUGCCAUGCGAGGCCAGGGGCUCCCCCAACCCCGAGUGCUCCGGGUAUGAGACAGAUGAGGACAGCUUCCCGGGACCCCAGGCUGCACCAGGAGAGGACGCAGCUGAGGACACAGGCAGUGCAGGGGAGGAGGCCUGUGUGGACGGAGGCACCGAGGACACAGGGGACAGCUGGGACCUGACACCCCCAGCUGGAGAAGGAAAGGAAGGCCCUGGAGAUGAGGAGGAGGAUGGCAGCCACAACUCGGGAUCAGGUGCGCUGCUGCCCACGGGUGAGGAGGAGGAGGAGCCAGAGGGAAGACUUGGCCUGUGUGACCUGGAGGACGGCCAGCAUGAGGCCCCUGGGACCCACAAGGACCCCUGUGAGGAGCCUGGGCUGCCUGGGGACACUGCAGAAGUGGAAGAGGAUGGAGAGGAGAGCCGUGGCCACGCAGAGCUGGACAGUGGACAGGAUGAGGACAAGGCCAGUGAGGAGCUUCCUGAGAGUGAGGAGCCCCCUGAGUGUGAGGAGCCCCCUGAGAGUGAGGAGCCCCCUGAGAGUGAGGAGUCCCCUGAGUGUGAGGAGUCCCCUGAGUGUGAGGAGUCUCCUGAGUAUGAAGAGCCUUCUGACCAUGAAGAGCUCCCUGAGUGUGAGGAGCUCCCCAAAAAUGAGGAGCCCUCUGAGUGUGAGGAGCUGACUACCGGUUCCCAAGAGCCCAUGCCAGCUGCAGAGGAACUCGCUGUCCCCGAGGAGCAGAGGAAGGACAUACAGGCUGACCAGGAUGAGCCUGAUGGGAUGGCCGCCCAGGAUGGGGAAGGCCCUGGAGCCAGUAAGGACCCCGUGCCAGCUGAGGCCCCUGAGGACAGCUGCCAGAUCAUUCCUUUUGAGAGCACCAGUGUGGAGGACCUGGUGGCAUCCCUCCCUGGGAGCCCCUACAAGCUCUUUCCUACCGAAAGCACCUCCUUCUGUGGUGACAGCUGUCUCCCUGUCAUGCCAGAGGGCGGCUUGGAAUUGGAGCCACAGCCUGAAUGGGGCAUCCCCAGCACAGGGACUGCAAGUGGCCAGCGAGGUGGAGCUGGGGAGGUACCUGCUGUCCCCGACGUGGGUGUCCUGCCGGAGGACAAGGAUGACCCCUGCAUGACAGAGUUGGAGGAAGACGCAGCCUGUGACUCUGAGGGUGGCCUGGUGCCAGGGGACAGAAGGAACGUCGUCCCCUGGGCCUGGCCCCACUCUGGGAAGGUGGCCGGCUGUGUUCCAGAGACGGUCCCCGAAGAGUCAGGCCCUGAAGCUGGGUCCUUGGCCAUGGGUGUCGCCAAGGAGGCGGGAAGGCCAGUGCUGCCCUCAGAGGCCAGCUGGGCCCUGCAGCCACGCUCCUUCUCAGUGGAGGGUCGAGAGCCGCCAGGGGCUGUGAGCCGGGAGCCCCAGGGCACCGGGCUAGACCUGCGCCGCAUGAAGAGGAAGGAGGACAACCUGUCGCUGCCCUGUGUGAUAAGCUCCUCCGGCAGCUUCUCCCAGAGCAAGUGCCUGCCAUCGAGCGGCACCUCGACACCCUGCUCGCUGGUGGAUAUCCCUCCACCCUUCGACCUGGCCUGUGUCACCAAAAGGCCGGUUACCAAGAGCUUCCCAUCACUGCUGCUGGACAGCGAGGCCCCAGACAAGGCCACCAAGAAGAAAAAGUCAUCCUUCAAGCGCUUCCUGGCACUGACCUUCCGGAGGAAGGCAGACAGCAAGGUGCAUGGGGAUGCUGGCCUGACCUCCUCCCGGUCCUCAUCUGAGUCCAGCUACCACGGGCCCUGCCGCCUCCUGGACGGUGACCGUCGGAGCCUGGGCAGCUCCCCGCAGCUCAGAGCCCGGGUCGGAAAUCUUCGGGCUCCUGAGUCACCUGUGUCGCUGCUCUUCUCCAGGGAUGGCAAGAGGAGGGGCAUCCCCUUCAGCAGGACAGUGUCUAGGGUGGAGUCCUUCGAGGACCGCUCACGGCCGCCCUUCCUGCCAUUGCCACUGACCAAGCCGCGCUCCAUCUCCUUCCCCAACGCCGACACGUCUGACUAUGAGAACAUCCCCGCCCUGAGCUCCGACUAUGAGAACAUCCAGCUUCCACCUCGGAGGCUGGCCAGGCCCGGCACGUUCACCAAGCUCUUCGAGGAGCAGAGCCGGGCCCUGUCAGCUGCCAACGAGAACGAUGGCUAUGUGGACAUGAGCAGCUUCAGCGCCUUUGACAUCAGGCCGCAGGGCACAGAGCCUGAGGCCGAGAGUGCCUACACCGAGCCCUACAAGGUCUGUCCUGUCUCAGCAACGGUGCCCAGAGGGGACCUCGCAUCCGAGGAGGAGCAGGGCAGUUCUGAGGAGGAGGACGACACCCCAAGGGACCCCAGCGUCACACACAAGGUGCAAGGACCAUCCCGAGCCCUGGUCAUCGCGCAGGAGCUGCUGUCAUCAGAGAGAGCGUUCCUGCAGACACUGGGGCUCGUGUGCCUGGAUUUCCACUCUGCCGUCACGAAGGCCCUGGACGAUGUGGAGGAUGUGCGGGCCCAGGAGGAGCUUCGGCGGGGCCUGGACGAGCUGCCUGCCAUCCACACGCUGCACCAGGGCAUCCUGCAGGAGCUGGAGCAGCGGCUGGGUGACGGGGAGGGCCCAUUUCGGGUGGCCAGCACCUUCCUGGCCCGAGAGCAGGAGUUUGAGCACCAUGCAGCACUGGUCCUGCACUUUGACCGCAGCCUGGCUCUGCUCGCCCAGACCUGCGCCCGCUGUCCCCACCUGGCUGCCGCGGUCCAUGACUUCGAGCAGCGGGGUGGCCGGCAGGUGAAGCAGCAGCUGCUGGCAGUGGUGCGGCGCCCGCUCCAGUACCAUGCUCUCCUCACAGACUAUCUGAACAACCUCUGUCCGGACUCAGCCGAAUACAAUGACACACAAGGUGCGCUCACACUCAUCUCCACAGUCACUGACCGUGCCCACGACGGCAUGGAGCAGGGGGAGAACCUGCAGAAGCUGGUCCACAUCGAGCACAGCAUCCAUGGCCAGGGCGACCUCCUGCAGCCAGGCAGGGAGUUCCUAAAGGAGGGGACGCUGAUGAAGGUGCGUGGGAAGGACAGGCACCCCCGGCAUCUGUUCCUGAUGAGUGACGUGCUGCUGUACACCCACCCUGAGAAGGACGGGAAGUACCGGCUCAAGAGCUCCCUGCCUGUGGCUGGUAUGAAGGUCAGCCGGCCGGUGAUGGAGAACAUACCGUACGCCCUGCGCAUUGAGACUGCCCAGUGCUGCCUGAUGCUGUCGGCCAGCUCCUGCACCGAGAGGGAUGAGUGGCACAGCUGCCUGAGCAGGGCUGUCCCCGAGGACCAUGAGGCCCAGGCUCUGGCCGCCUUCCACCAUAGUGCCGAGCUCCGGGAGAGGCUGGGGGUCAGCCUGGGCGAGCGGCCGCCCACACUGGUGCCAGUCACGCAUGCCAUGAUGUGCAUGAACUGCGGCUGCGAUUUCUCCCUCACACUGCGACGCCACCACUGCCACGCCUGCGGCAAGAUCGUGUGCCGGAACUGCUCGAGGAACAAGUACCCUCUGAAGUACCUCAAGGACCGCAUGGCCAAGGUGUGCGACGGGUGCUUCGGGGAGCUGAGGAAGAGGGGCGGGGCCGCGCCGGGCCCCCUGCGAGAGCGGCCCGUGACCAUGAGCUUCCCACUGUCCUCGCCCCUCUUCUCCUCGGGCAGUGCCCUCUCCUCCGUCUUCCACAGCAUCAACCCCUCCAACUUUAAGAAGCAGAAGAAGGUCCCGUCGGCCCUGGCAGAGGUGGCCGCCUCAGGCGAGGGCCUGGCCAUCAGCGGCUACCUCAGCCGGUGCAAGCGGGGCAAGCGGCCCUGGAAGAGGCUGUGGUUCGCCAUCAAAGGCAAAGUGCUGUACACCUACACGGCCAGAGAGGACAAAGUGGCCAUGGAGAGCAUACCCCUACUGGGCUUCACCAUCGCGCCAGGGAGGGAGGAGGGCAGCAGCGACCCAGGCCCCAUCUUCCAUCUUUACCACAAGAAAACGCUUUUCUACAGCUUCAAGGCUGAGGAUGCCAGUGCUGCCCAGAGGUGGAUGGAGGCCAUGGAGGACGCCAGCGUGUUAUAGCAGUCGCCCAGUGUGGAACUGAAGCAAGUUCAUGGCUAGACAGGUGACCCUGCCAGGAGCCACACCUCAUCCCAGCCCACCUGGAGCAUGGCCGGGGACUGGAGGAGGAUCGCCAGACCUGGCUUCUGUUGUCAUAUUUCCCAGCCCAUCGUGAAUUAUUUUCUUACCCAGAAGUGAGCUAAAAUGGAGUAACAUGAAGAUGUGGAAACCAGUAGCAACUUCAGGUAGAAACACAGGCUUUCAGUAGAAACAGCUUUUCCGGUUUGUCCUCAAAGUAGAUUCAUCACCUUUCAUGGUGGCCACUGGGCCUCAGGUGACGUAAGUGGCAGCAGUGACAGCUGCUGUCCUCAGAAGCACUUUAUCGUCCUGCUGAGCUGCAGCCUUCAGUUCCAAGUUUCCUAAGCCUUUACUGCAUCCCAGGGACACCAAGCCACCCAGGUCACUGUCCUCCAUCCAGCAAGGAUGAAGCAGGAGGAUCUUCCUCCAGCUGAGCAUGGUGGGGCUCCCUCUGUCUCUCCAUGGCAUCCUCCUCGGAAGAUGGCAUCAGCUCUAAUUUAUUGCGUGCCUUUCUGCGCCUGCCACUUUCAUGGGCAAUGCGAGUUUACGAACCUGUCCUUCUGCAGAUACACUAUUUCCCAAAAGAAGUGAAAAAAGGAGAGAAGAUGGGACUUCAGAAGGUGAACAGUAGUGGCUGGAAGAAGAGACGCUACGCCCUGGGGCUGGGUCCCUGCCAAUGUUGCUGUUGGGUUCUGAGGGCACCGAUGGCCAGGGCAGCAUCCCCGGCAGGAAUGUGGCCACAGGCAGCCUCUCGCUGCAGACAUUGUAAAGCACCACUAUCUGAGGACUACUUAUUUACAUUCAAUAUCUCCAGGGAAAUGUUUUUUUCUAGUUUGCAGUUCUUUUAAAACGUUUACAUUAAACAUGUCCUGAUUCAAAGCAGGGAGCAGACAGAUCUUCUGUUAAUGCCUGAGGGCUCAUUUCCGUUGGAAUCACCUCACUCCCAGUCAGUGGCCCCAUCUGCAGCUUCGUCUCCUGCAGUUUUAGCCAUGCAGGGUCAACUGUGGUCUGAAAAUAUUAAGUGGAAAAUUCCACAAAUAAACAACUCAUACGUUUUAAA